AUGUCGUCAUCGCCCAAGAAGCCCUUCCGUAUUGCGGUCCUCCUGUGCGACACGCCCAUCGAGCCUGUCGUAGCCGCGCAGGGCGAUUACGGUCAGAUCUUCCGCACGCUCUUCCGCAAGUCGCUCGAGGCCACCCAGGCCAAGUUUUCAAAGGGUGAGGAGGAUGGCCUGUCCGAUGUCGAUUUCGCGAUCGACGCGUUCGACGUGCGGACGAAGCUCGAAUACCCAGAGAAUGUGGACGAGUACGACGCGGUGCUCCUUACGGGGUCCGCUGCGUCGGCGUACGAGAACCUUACGUGGAUCAAUCGGCUUAUUGACUACGUCAAGCAUCUCGCGGAGGAGAAGCCCAAGAUCCGAUUGAUUGGAAUAUGCUUCGGGCAUCAAAUCAUCGCGCGUGCCUUGGGCGGCGAGUGCGUGCCCAACGAUGGCAGGUGGGAGGUGGGUCCAACGCCGCUACAGCUAACAGAGACGGGAAAGAAGCUCUUUGGUGUACCUGAGCUCGUGAGUCCCCCUCCGCAGCCCUCCACAAAACUGCCGCUCACACUGCAUACCCAUCAUUCCUCCUGCGCCAUGUUGCCACAGAACAUCCAACAGAUGCACCGCGAUCACGUUCCCGCCGUUCCGCCCUCCUUCUACCUUCUCGGUUCAACCCUAAUCAGCCCGAACCAAGGUAUGGUCAAGCUCUACCCAGGGGGGUCACCCGAGUCCGUCUCCCCAGCCGACGUGCACAUCUUCACCGUGCAGGGUCAUCCGGAGUUCACCCAGUUCAUCGUGGACGAGAUCGUCAAGGCGCGGUCGUCGACUGGGGUGAUAGGCAAGGACGUAGUGGAGGACGUCCAGAGAAGACGGGACCUGAGGAACGACGGGGUGGAGGUGGUCGGGAAGACGCUUUGGGACAUCUUGCGCGCGUCCAGGGCGUAG